AUGUUGUUGAUUAAUAAUAACAUGAGUUUGGAGUUAGAGUGGGAGUCACCAACAUCAUCACCUCCUACACCUCCCUCUCCACUACCAAUAAGUUAUGGAGCAGGAAACAGGAAAUACUCUUUCUCAGCUUCUUCAACUUCAUCGCCGCCUUUCUCAACCCCUGCGUCUGCCGAAAAUCUCUCCCUUCUGCAUCUGCAAAAGACAUUUGAUGUUCCUAAUGUGCCUUCAGUAUUUUCCGUGGAUCGCCAUGAUCCUCCGGAAUCGGAAUCCAAAAGUACAUGCCUCAAGGACUUGUUGGCAUGGUUUAUAAAUUUUCUUUGUUCCAACGACAAGUAGCAUGUAUUCCGCUUGUGACAUUGUGGAAUGAUUUCACACGGUCGAAGUCUGGUUGGAAGAUAUGGAAAGGAAUUAACUUGCCA